CAUUAAGCGUAGAGCGCGAGUUUUAAGUUUUGAGUAGUUGGGUUGAUUUAAAAGUAGUUGAACAUGUGGUCCUCAAGUGAUUAUGGUGGUAGUAUCGGAACUACAAGUGAUUUUGGUGGAGGUUAUAUGGCGUCUAUGAGUGCUGGUACAGGACAAAAGAAGAUUAGUUACCAGGGCACUAUUGUUCCUUGUACGUGUGCCGAAAUAAUGGCCGCAAAUCAAGAUGGUGAUAAGUUUGUUUCUUCAUGUGGAAUAGAAUUUAGUCAAAUAUCAGUUGUUGGGAUUAUUCGUUCGGUAAAUGAGUCAAGCACACGCGUAGAGUAUGAGGUCGACGACUACACAGGACCGUGUUUGCCAGUAAAACUUUUUACAGAGGAUCAGGAUAAUACAUCAUCCGGCCUACAGUCUCGUCCAUUUCGCGAAUUAUCGUAUGUACGAGUACAUGGUCAUGUCCGGAACUUUCAGGGAGUCAAACAUGUUAUUGCUUUCCGAGUCAUCCAUUUGUCAGACAUGAAUGAACUUACUGCUCAUAUAAUGGAAGUGAUUUAUACAAGAAUGUUGUAUGCGAAAAUCAAACAAGAUGAGAAUAAUGGCGCUAACGUCAAAAGUAUUUUCAGUGAGGUUGGUUCGCAUAAUGCACCUGGAUCUACUAGUAAUGGACUCACUGUCUUGCAAAACCAGAUACUCGCAAUAGUUAGGACGUUUGUUGGUGAGCGUGGAAUCCCUGUAUCCCAGUUAACGGAAAAGCUGCGUGGGAUACCCGAGAGGCAAAUAAGGGAGGACUUGGAUUUCCUUAGUGCCGAAGGUCAUGUAUAUUCGACUGUGGAUGAUGAUCACUUCCGAGCUACUGAAUCAUGAUUAAAUCGAAAAUGUCUGUGUCACCUUAUUUUACACUAAAAUCUUUUGAUUGUAUAUAAUUUUUGGUCUUAUUGCCUAUUGUCUCAAGAGCAAGUUACACUGUUCAUAAUGAAAACAAUAUUUAAGUUUGAGUGUCAGCUGUAUAAAUUAAAAUAAUGAAAUUCGGUAACGUUAUUUUAAUUCAGUCUUGAUGUUUUAGUGCGUCCCUUCAUAAGUAUGUAGAGCAAUAUAAACUGACAUGGAAUAAGUUUAGUUACACUUGUUUGGUUCUUAAUCAAUUAGAUUUCAGUAAAAGAUUAUUUCUUCCUAACUUAAGCGUGACAGUUGACUAUUGAUGAAGACAAACGUCGCAUGAACCAACAUGCGUGGAUAGAUAUUUUAUGUAUCAUUUCAGAACCGACCGUAGCAGCUAUCAUGAUGUGAUAGUCAGACUUACCUAUCGUGAUGACCCAAUCGAAAUAUAUUUGGUGAAAACACAUUUAUUUCAAGUUCUACAAUGUCAGAGAGGUCAGUUGAAGAACGGUAAGACCAAAACCAGCAACUUGAGGUCCAAGGGCAAAGUUGUACGACUGACUAUGUAUGGGUGUGGUGGCAGUAAGGUGUUUCCCUCAUAAACUGGCAUCUCGAGAGAUGUUGCCUUCUCAUAACGGAAGCAAAUGACUAGAAAAAACCGACCUUAACAAUGCCAAACUUCACCUUGUUCCACGGAUUCCCGUCUCUGGCUGCAAGGACUACCGAAGUUCGUAUGUAACAUCAAAACCCUCCCACAGAAAUUCUGUAUGUGAUUUGCCGCAAACAGUGUCCACUUUGACUUGGCGGUCUCUCCGUCACGCUUUUGACUUGAGCAGAUGGGAAGUUACAUUCGUCUUCAUAUAUCUAACGUCUUCCACGAUUAUCUUGUUCACAAUCAUGUCCCUCCUUUACGUUUUUAUUCUCUCCAUACUACAAACUCUACUCAUAUCUUUAUCACCGCGCACUAAACUUCAUGUUGUAGCGUUUAAUGUAGGAGAACUGGCUUCAUUAGCUAGGACUCGAAUCCAAGUACGGUUACUUGUUUGACUUUACCUUGCCAAUAUAAAAACUGGUACGAUCUUAUAUAAGCUUAACAGGCCAUCCUAGACUGGAUUCUAAUAGUCACUUAAUAGCUAUCUGAAUAAAACUAAACAGUAAUGACUCGAACUGACGCUGUGUUGUCUCUGCCUAUUCGGUUCGGAUGAAGUGAACGAUUAACUUUAUAGGGAGCUUCUUAACCUCUUUCAAGAAGCUAAGUGGUUAAAUGCAUUAACAGCGGAACCAGAUCGAACGGCACGGCAGCGUGGCUCAGUGAACAUAUGAUAGUAACUUCUGCAACCACCAGAUAAUCGUCUUUUUCUGGCAGGUACCAACUUUAAGUAUUGUCUGACAUGGUGAACCUCACGAGACUCAAUGUGGAGUCAAGAAUUUUGGCAUUAUCUGUCGUCAAAGGUCGGUAGAACAGUGCUUCUCAUUUUGGAGCACGUGUUUAGACUACGAUUAUGUUCUUAUGUGAGCGUGUAUUUUUUUCCGACUUACUGAAAGUAGAGAAGUCGUAGCAAGAUGUUAAAGUAGGUCUUUUAACUCUUAGUGUGGUUACAGGCAAUUUAAAGAUCAGAAAAUCCUAAUGGCAUAACUAAUGAUAAUUUUAAGGAUCGUAUGCUAAUUUAAACAAAAUGAUGAUUUAGGUAGAAUCCGAAAAGCGAAUGUAGUUUUGUGCGACUAGUCACGAUCAUGCUUAUCUAUUAUAGAGGACAAAAGUUAUUGUAACAACCACAGAAGAGUCACUUUCAGUAAUAUAGUAUCUGAAUUAUUAAACUCGGUGAUACUUUGAAGUCUAACUAGAGAUUGUGAAGAACAAACCUGGGGAAACCAAGCCGCUUUCAGAUAUGGAGGUGGAUGUACAGACUAAAUAUUUACCGCUCGGGAAGUUAUGGGAAAUGAACACUUUGACGUCCGACAAUAAAUAUGAUUCUUGACCUUGGAGCGAUGUCCGGUUGUUUGUUAUGAGGUUCUGUGGGAGUGUCUGUCAUCGAAAGGCAUACCGAAGUACGUAAACCUUGUACAGGCUCUCUAUUCGGACAAUGCUGGUCGAGUCAGAGCUUAUGGCGAACUGUCAUUAGGAUCGGUUACUUCAAGUGGUGCUCGGUAGGGUUGUCUGCUUCCUCCAUUUUUAUUUAACUUUGCCAUAGACAUGUUUUUAAAGAUAACACUUUCAUCGUCUGACUUUUCAGGGUUUGAUCUACCAGGAGAUUCACUUGUUGACUUAGAAUACUCAGAUGACAUAGUUCUGUUUGGUGAAUACGUUGAUUAAAUGCAGUCUUCCGUUCACCUUAAGCAACAAUGUAAGCGUAUUUGGUUUGUGAUUCUCCUCCUCCAAAAGUAGAAUGUUGCUUCAGGACCAGCCUGCGUCUACUUCCGAAUUAAUGACGGGGAGUGCGUCAGUUGAAUAUAUCAACCGCCUCACUCAUUUUAGGAGUUUCAUCAGUCUUGAUGGUCUGGAGUCUAAUGAAAUCUGUUUAUGGAUUCUAAAAGCUCGGUCGGCCCUUUUGGACUUUCGUCAUUUAUGGCAUAGGCGAGACAUCCGUCUGCCAACUAAAGUGCGAGUGUGCUACACGGCAGUUCGCUCCGUUCUACUUGAUGGUUAUGAAACAUAGCCUUUAAGAACAGGGACUAUCCGUAGGUUACUGGUAUUCAACCAUAUAUGUCUUCGAAGCAUCACUCACGUAUUGUGAGGUCAGUGAGUAUGCGAUCCGUAGGUUACGAAUGGGGUACUAGAUAAUAGUGAGAAGUUUAUUGAUGGGGUAGUAAAUCCUCAUCUGGUGAGAUGAUUAGGAGAUGCUACGUAUUCCCAUCCACUGUCCAUCUCGAAGAGCGAUAUUUUCUGAUGUUGGGUUAAGCUGGUUGAGCCCGCUUGAGUAUUGUAACUAUUAGUUAGAGCCUGUUAUACCCCGACAAGAAUAAUGAGGGGUAGCCUUUGGGAUCUGUUUGUGAACCAAUACUAUAGGUAUAUUUUGCCGUAUAAUUGUUAAUUAACUAAACUAUUAUCGAUUAAAUGUUUCCAUGGCAGUCGACUGACUGACUCAUCGAAUAAUUAAAAAUACUCCCAUGGCAAUAUCGAUUAUAUAAAUGUGAUUGGUACAUAUACGUUUGAAUUGUUUUUAUGAGGCUCUACCUUUGACGUAUAUCAGAGAAAAACAAGGGUUUGAGCAGAGAAGUAUCAGUUCUACGUUGUAGACUGUUCUUUCACAUAGGUUAUAUGUUAACAAUAUUUAGUGUAUUAAAAUUAUUCAAAGCUUCGUUAUACUCUAUUCAUGUGCGAUCAUAGCAACUUCCAUAUAACUAUGAUUUUUAAAUCCAACAGGUUGUAAGCAGUUGGCGAGAACCAAACGAAAUAAAAUGAUAUUCUGCUAAAGUUUUGGCUUUUUUUAUCGUCUCAAAGAGAACAAGUAUCAUAUAGGCUGUAAUACGGCAACGAAGCUAAGCUAACCGAUUAAAACUGACAUUUUUUGCUGGGAUAUCAUUUUUAAUAUCAGUAAGGCUGUAGAACUCAUUCUCUAAAGGCAUCAGUUUCUCUUAUCAUAACAUUUGGUGGUCAGUGUUCUUUUC